AUGUCUAAGUUUCAUUUAUGUCUGGAUGAUCAUGCUGAUUGCGACGAUAAGUUGAGUAUUAACACAGCCUAUGCAAAGCGCUAUGACAAUUGGCGACAUUUAGAGGAAUUGCAAAAACUGAAAAAUAAGUAUGGUAACGAUGUGAAAGAUGACGAUGACGCAAACAGCUCGUCUAGUGAAGAACCUGCUAUAUGGUCAGUAGAGCACGAAAAAGAUUUCCUUCGUACACUGUCUGCUUUAAAAACUCAUGAUCCAAGGUUAUAUUCGGGUCAAAAAUUCUUCACUUCUGAAGAUAAAAGAACUUCUACUGAUAAUAUCGUCAAAUUAAAAAAAAAAGACGCUCCGAUGUUUUUGAAAGAUUACGAAAGAAAACUUAUCCUUGAAAGACAAGGGGAUAUCAGUGAAGAUGAGAAAGAAAGGAAGACUUCUAAGCAUGGCUAUUACGAAGAGCAGGAAUUAAUAAAACGAGAAUUAAAAGCCAUGCUCGCCGAACAAAAUGAUGAUAUGGAGCCAUUAUUGCGGCACCGUAUUAAGACUGAAAAUGAAGUGAAAAAUGAAGAAGAUCAGUAUUAUGGAUGGUUGAAAGGACAAAGGGAUGAAGAUCUUCCUGGUGUUGAAGAACUGAAGGGACUCAAAGAAGCAUGGAGUGAUAUGAAUUUAGACGAAAAUGAGAAAUUUCUGCGUGAUUACUUGCUGAACAAAAAAUAUGAUGUUGAAGGCAAUGAUGAUGUUCCAUCGUAUGAAGAAAUUAUGAACGUCGAAAAGGAUGAGGAAGAGUUAGAAAGAGAGGACGAGUUUGAGAGGAAGUAUAAUUUUCGAUAUGAGGAACCUGAUCAAGAUUUUAUUAAACAUUAUCCUCGGAUAGUAAAACAGUCUUUGCGAAAAAAGGAUGAACGUCGGAAACAAAAAAGAGAUGCAUAUAAAGAGCGUAAAAAAAUGCAAAAACAGAUUCGGAAAGAUGAAAUUAAAGAAUUAAGAACUUUAAAAAAAAAAGAAAUUGAAGAAAAGUUAAAAAAACUGAAGAAAUUAGCUGCGGACGACGAUCUCCCACUUAACGUAGAUGAUUUGAAAGCAGAUUUCGAUCCUGUGGUUUACGAUAAACGCAUGAGAGAAGUUUUUAAUUCUCAUUACUAUGAAAAAGCUAUGGAAGAAAACGAAAAAAAACCCGUUUUCUCUGAUACUUCCGAUAUUUCAACCGACGAUUCAGAUUACGACACUUUCGAUGUGAAUAAAGGAAGGAAAGAUAAAGAAAGCGAAAAUAUUAGCGAGGAUUGUAAUGGUAGUGAGGUGUUGCAUCCUGAAAUGAAAUCAAGUCGGAAAAAAAGGAAAAGAAAUUCGCGUUUUCUAGAUAUUGUUCUUAAAAAAAAACCCAUAUUUAAUCCAGAAGAGAAGUCAUUUGAAGAAUAUUUCAACGAAUACUAUGCACUUGAAUAUGAGGAUAUAAUUGGUGAUGGCUUAAUAACUAAGUUUAAAUAUCGCAGUGUGCCAGCUAACGAUUUUGGAAUAACAAUUGAUGAGCUAUUAAAUGCGGAUGAUCGACAGUUAAACGCUUGGGCAUCAUUAAAAAAAGCUACAGCUUACCGUUCAGAAGCCGAAGAACUAUAUGACAUUAAAGCGUACAAAAAGAAAGCACUAAACUUACUGAAGAAAAAGAAAAUUUUCAGCACCGAUUUUGGAGGGAAGAACUCCAAGAAAUUGGCUGACAAUACUUGUAAUAUAUUUCAAAUGGAUAAAGCAGCUGAAAAAAGGAAGAAAAGUAAUGGAAAGUUUCCUGAUUUGAAAUCGACAAAGGAAGGAGGAAAUAGCGUUGUAGCGCAAGAACGUGUUCAAUUUCCGAGUCAUUUAAAAAAUCCGCAUAAUCGUAAGAAUCACAGCAAAUUCCAGUGGUCUGAUUCAACAGUUGGCAUUGAUGAUGAUAGACUUCGUGCUUAUGGCAUUAAUCCAAAGAAGUAUAAGAAUAAAUUGUUUCGCAAACAAUAA